GCGGAGACCUUCGUCGGGGACCAGGUGCUGCGCGUGGUCCCCGGCGGCGCGGCCGAGCUGCGGAGCCUGCGGGAGCCGCAGGAGCUCGAGCACCUGCAGCUGGACUUCUGGCUGCCGCCGCGGGGCCCCGGGGCGCCCGUGGACGUGCGCGUGCCCUUCCGCAGCCUGCAGCCCGUCAAAGCCCACCUGGAGGCCCACGGCGUGCCCUACUCCAUCAUGAUCGAGGACGUGCAGCUGGACUUCUGGCUGCCGCCGCGGGGCCCCGGGGCGCCCGUGGAUGUGCGCGUGCCCUUCCGCAGCCUGCAGCCCGUCAAAGCCCACCUGGAGGCCCAUGGCGUGCCCUACUCCAUCAUGAUCGAGGACGUGCAGGUGAGCGGCGCCGCCGCCUGUGCCCGGCGCUGGUGGGCCCGCGCGCGGCAGCCGACGCGCCGGCGGCUCCUGCCCGCGUCCACCACCACCUUCAACUACGCUGCCUACCACGACCUGGAUGAGAUCUACGCCUUCAUGGACCUGCUGGUGGCCGAGAACCCCAGCCUGGUCAUGAAGGUGGAGAUCGGCCGCUCCACCGAGGACCGCCCCAUCUACGUGCUCAAGGUGAGGUGGCGGGACAGGACCCGGGCCCCGGUGUCCCCCGCAAAGCGAGACCUUUGCUGCUCCAAAACCACCCCCAAAACGCUCGCCCCAAGCUUUGCUUCAACCGCGUUGCACGAGAGCGAUGAAGUCUUGGCCUCCGUCCUCGAGGAGAUGGACAUUUUUCUGGAGAUUGUCACCAACCCCGAUGGUUUCGUCUUCACCCACACCAAGAACCGGCUGUGGCGGAAGACCCGGUCCACGCGCUCGGGUUCCCUCUGCGUCGGCGUUGACCCCAACCGCAACUGGGACGCGGGGCAGGGCAGGUCGGGCUCCAGCGGGAACCCCUGCUCGGAGACGUACCGUGGGCCCUACGCCAACUCGGAGCCCGAGGUGAAGGCCAUCGUGGACUUCGUGACGGAGCACGGCAACAUCAAGGCCUUCAUCUCCAUCCACAGCUACUCGCAGCUCCUGCUCUACCCCUACGGCUAAACGACGACCCCCGCCCCCCACCAGGAGGAGCACCAGGUUGCUGAAAAGGCCGUCGCGGCUCUGUCUUCCGCCUACGGGACGAAGUUCAAGUACGGCAGCAUCAUCACGACCAUCUACGAGGCGAGCGGAGGAACCAUCGACUGGACCUACAACCAGGGCAUCAAGUACUCCUUCACCUUCGAGCUGCGCGACACGGGCCGCUACGGCUUCCUGCUGCCCGCCAGCCAGAUCCUGCCCACGGCGCAGGAGACGUGGCUGGCGCUGCGCGUCAUCAUGCAGCACGCGCGCGACCACCCCUACUGA